UCCUGUAUGCAGAUCCAACCUGAGGACAGCACAUGUGAGGAUCAGAGCAGAGAGCAGACAGACGGGAAGACGGACGCAGAGAGACCCUCCACCUGGACAUGGACCACCUGAUGCUGCUGCUGCUGCUGUGGAGCUCAGGACUCCAGGCUGAAGGAGAACUCAACUCAACAGAGUCUGUCAGGUUGGUGGGAAGAGACAGUCGCUGUAGAGGAACACUGGAGCUGAAACAUGAAGGAGAAUGGAGACCAUUGGGCUACCCUGUCUGGACCCUGAAGACAGCAGCUGCUGCCUGCAGAGAGUCAGACUGUGGCUCUGCUGUUUCUUUAGAAGAGAGAGAAGAGUCCUCAGACAGAUCUGUGUGGAGGAUCAGCUCUGUCUGUGUUGAGUCUGGAUCUGCUCUGAGGGAGUGUGCUGCAUCAGGUUCCUCUGUCAUUCAUCUCACCUGUUCAGACUCUGUCAGGCUGGUGAAUGGGACCAGUCUGUGCUCAGGCAGACUGGAGGUGAAGACUAACCAGUCUACCCAGUGCUGGUCCUCAGUGUGUGAAGAUGAUUUUGACCAGCAGGAUGCAGAGGUGGUCUGUAGGGAGCUUGGCUGUGGGCCUCCUUCAGUCCUCCAGGGGGCGCUCUAUGGAGAAGUGGAGCCUCCAAUGAGGACCAAAGAGUUCCAGUGUGGAGGCCAUGAGUCUGCUCUCCUGGACUGUAGCAGCUCAGGCUCAGAUAGAAACACCUGCUCACCUGGAAAAGCUGUUGGACUCACCUGCUCAGAGUCUGUCAGGUUGGUGGGAGGAGACAGUCGCUGUAGAGGAUCACUGGAGGUGAAACAAGGAGAAUGGAGACCAGUGAAUGGCUGGUACUCUGACUGGACCCUGAAGACAGCAGCUGCUGCCUGCAGAGAGUCAGACUGUGGCUCUGCUGUUUCUGUAGUAAAGAGAGAAGAGUCCUCAGACAGAUCUGUGUGGUGGAUCAGGUCUGACUGUGCUGAGUCUGGAUCUACUCUGAGGGAGUGUGCUGCAUCAUUUUACUCUUCCUCCAUCCUUAAUCUCACCUGUUCAGACUCUGUCAGGCUGGUGAAUGGGACCAGUCUGUGCUCAGGCAGACUGGAGGUGAAGACUAACCAGUCUACCCAGCGCUGGUCCUCAGUGUGUGAAGAUGACUUUGACCAGCAGGAUGCAGAGGUGGUCUGUAGGGAGCUUGGCUGUGGGGCUCCUUCAGUCCUCCAGGGGGCGCUCUAUGGAGAAGUAGAGCCUCCAAUGAGGACCAAAGAGUUCCAGUGUGGAGGCCAUGAGUCUGCUCUCCUGGACUGUAGCAGCUCAGGCUCAGAUAGAAACACCUGCUCACCUGGAAAAGCUGUUGGACUCACCUGCUCAGAGCCUGAUGCUGUCAGGUUGGUGGGAGGAGUCAGUCGCUGUAGAGGAUCACUGGAGGUGAAACAAGGAGAAUGGAGACCAGUGGAUGGCUAUAACUCUGAGUGGACCCUGAAGAGAGCAGCUGCUGCCUGCAGAGAGUUAGACUGUGGCUCUGCGGUUUCUGUAGAGAGAGAAGAGUCCUCAUACAGAUCUAUGUGGAGGAUCUGGUCUGACUGUGUUGAGUCUGGAUCUACUCUGAGGGAGUGUGCUGCGUCAGAUUCCUCUUCCUCCGUCCUUCAUCUCACCUGUUCAGGCCUGCUGCUUCAGCCCAACAUCUCUGUGUCCUCCACCAUGGUUGGGGUCUCCGAGGAGGACCAGCAGGAGGUGUUCCAGGUGUUCUGGGGCUCCACCUUCACCAUCAGCUGCUCCAUCCAGCCACAGUACCCAGGAGGCUCCUUCCAGCUCACCUUCACCUCCUCCAACUCAGCACACAACUACACCCAGCCAGCUGUCAAUCACUCUGCCCACUUCCUGUUUCCUGCUGCAGAGGCCGCCCACCAAGGAAGCUACAGCUGUGUUUAUCACCUCUAUGUUUUCUCUCAUAACUUCUCCUCUGAGAGCCGUGUGCUCUCUCUCAGCGUCAUGGAUCCGAAGCCUUUAAUCAUCAGAGCGAUCCUCCUGCCACUGAUUCUGCUGGUGGAGAACAUUGUCCUUUACUUCUACUGUAGGGCCAGAAGGGGGCAGCUGCCGUGCAGACAGAAGAACAUUGAGCCGGAUUAUUAUAACCUGGGUGUCCCUGCAGCUGAAGGAGGGCCGACUGAAGAGGAAGGAGCUCAGGAAGCAGAGUAGCACCUCCAAGGAGCUCAUGGAGGUUAAGCAUUUAUACACCUUUUUACCCCAACUUGGAAUUAUUCCCAUUUAUUUACCCUUACAAAACUUCAAUUCAUUUAGAUUGGCACAUGCUGGGUACUUGUGUACAAAAUCUGGAGUCUCUGGGUCCAAUCUGAGAGGAAAUAUGAAUUUUAAAAAAUACAUUUUACUGACAAGCAUUAUUCUUCCCAUAUGUCCAGACCCUGUUUUAGGGACCCAGUAGGGGUCCUUAGGAUGGACCCAGGACCACCAGAAUUGGGUCACAUUCUACAGAACUCCUUGAUUUGGAAAGGUUCCAACUCAUUUUUAAAUUUUUUUAUUUUCACUGAAACCCCCUGGUAUUCCCAAAAUUGUUAAAGAGCUUUGCCAUUCACAAGCACAAUUAGAGGGUAACUACCAUUUCAACCUGGACCCUAUUUUACUAUGUUUUUGUGUCUAAGUGACAGAUGGGAACAACCAUCUUUGACACUGGUCCUGUAUUAACCCUCCUAACCCCAAAACGGUUUUGUUAAAAGAUUGCCAAAGAAAAACCACUUACCCUACAAAGUAGCUGAAAAAGCAGUAGUUACCCUUCAAGGUACAACUGGGAAGUGUGGUCGACAACCUUAAAAUAGCUUCCGCACUCGCCCAUUUUUAGUAUCCACCCAGGCCAAACUUUCCCAUGCGGCCAUCUCAAUUUCUUUGGUUUUUCCAGCAAGUCAUAACUGGGAUAAAGAAAAGAGUCUUUUGAAUGUCGUUGAGUUUCACAGCCCUUCCAGAUGGUUCUCUCCUCAAGACUAAAGUUAUCUGCAUGUACUGUUGAUGUGAUCUGAGUUACCACCGGAUUAUGUUAAGUCACAAACACCACUUGAGCUUUAAAAACUUGAAAAACAUGCCUUUUAAAUUACAUUUAGAACAGAUAAAAAAUGUGCCAUUUGCGUUAAAUCACAAGUCAACUACAGACAAUCAUACAAUUAAUCACAAUUAGAUGUUUUCGUGUUGACAUCCCUAAUUAAAAUAAAUGGAAAAAAAGAAUUGACAAAAACUAAAAAUUCUUUGAUUAGGAUUUUAUCGUGAAACACCAGAAAACGUUCCAGGUUGGUGAACAACAUCUGGUGCUAUGGUGACGAUCUGUUGGUGUUUGGGAUUAAAGAAAUACAAUGAAGGAAUCAAAGUCAUGUAGCUCACACACACAGUACAAUAUUAAACAUCAGAGGCUGUUUUCACACACAUUUCAUCUCAUUUCAUAAGAAUGGUUUGUUUUUGUAGUUUAGGAAUUUACUUAUUGUGUAAUGAUGGAUUUUUCUUACUUUUGUAAUUAAUGCUAUUUCCUAUUUCAUGAAAUCCAGUUCAGCCCAAAGAUUCGAGACAAAAGCGAAACCGUUUAAGAACAUUGAAGGAAAUGUUGAAGCGGUCUGAACCGGCCCGUCUCAGCUCGACUCAAACCAGCUGAUGGUGUCGCUGUGACUCAGCUGGUGGAGUCUCCAGAGGCUGGUUUAUAACAUAAGAGACGUCUCCUGUUUCAACAGCCAAUAGAGAAGUCAGCUGGUCAAGUCAGCAACAAACUAUAGAAACAAAAUGAUCCAGAAUCCAUUUUAUUUCUAUGUUACAAGCUGUCAGCUGGUGAAAUGUCAGAGUUUUAGACGGAGGCUCAACGAGCGCCGUGAGCACGGUAUGUGGUGGAGCGAGCUAGAGAGAGACUGAAGAGAGAAGAGCAGCGUUAGAACAAAGCAGAGAAUCAGAGAAAUAAAACAUAGUUUUCUCUGUUUCAUCUCUACUGGUAAUGCAGCUGUAGCAAGUAUCUCACUAUCACUCUCCUCAUUCAUAUCUUCAGAUACUAUAAAUAAUAUCCAGCUACAAAACACCAGAAAAGUCUGAAGUUAGAGCAGAAGUCCCGAGAGUGGUUUCUAUGGAGAUGAUCCACGGUCUCGUCUCAUUGGUGGAAACUGGCAGCUUUCAGAACGCUGCAGACCGGAGACUCUCAGGGAGACUAAAGUUUACUCUCAUCUCGUCCUCAAUCUUUGGUCUGAACUGGACUUUACAAUUGUUUGUUUUAAUAUUUCAGUAAUUUACUUAUUGUGUAAUGAUGGAUUUUACUUCUUUUUUUUAAAUAAGUAAAAAUUAUUGUUAUUUUAUAACAAUUGUGCUGAUAUUUGUUAUCAGGAUUUUGAUUAUUUCUGUAAUUAGGCAUUUUUUAUUAAUCAUGUGCUUAAAGCAACAUUGUAUAACAUUUGUAUUCUUUGUAAGUUACACAGUGUGAGAACAGGUCAUCAGAUGAAGAGGGGAAAUGACUGAAACAACUUUCUCCCUGUUGCAGUUAGAUUUUUGAUUAAGUAAUAAAUUAAAGAGAUAUUUUGUUGAUUUUGAGUUAGGUCUGUGUCAUGGCAUUGUGUGCAGAUGCAGACUGAUGUCAUGUAGUGGCGUAUUAAUGACAUGCCAAUUUGUAUGCCAUGAUUGGCGUGUUAUCAAGACGCAUACUCGCUUAUUUGCAUG